AAUUUAACACCCAAAACCUCCAUCUUCUACUCUACUGAGCUUUAAUUUGUACUUUGCUACCUUUCUAACUCAUUUCUUGCAGUGGAAGAAAAUGGCCAAUCUAAGAAGGGCUCUCCUCUUCACAAUUCCUCGAAUCCAUAAUACUUCUCAGAGGAGUUCUGUUGCAAACUCCGCACUCCCCUCUCUUAGUCUUUACCGGCCUUUAGCUGGCACAUUUUCGUGUUUCUUUACUUCCAACGAGAAUUUUCAGCCGAUUGAUUUUGAUCUCUCCAGUGAAGAGAGCAAAAGACGGUUGUUUAACAGACUUCGUUACCGGAGCAAACAAAGAGGGUUCUUGGAGCUGGACCUUGUUCUAGGAAAAUGGGUGGAGGAUCAUAUUCAGUCCAUGGAUGAAUAUGGAAUUAAGUCCCUUGUUGAUAUUCUUGACCUGGUGUUCUCUGCUGUGCGAGAAAAGGUUAUGAACAACCUUGGCAAACAUGCUGCUCCAGAGACUUGUGCAGCUGCAGGACAGCCUUGGGUUAUAGGGUGAGAUGAUUUCAAGAAAGGCCGAGACGGGCCUAUAGCCAGGAAUCAGUAGUUCAGUUUGAGCUGGAAGAUGUCAAAGAACCGGUAUUCUUUAUUAGUUAUGUUGAAACGAAUUAAUGUAUCCUCAGAUUUUCUGAAUAUUUCAUAGCAUCUAAGCUUUCCAUAUUAAAUAAGGUUCAUUGAGAGGUUGAUAAUUUUUUGAGUGACACUCCAUGCUCAAUGACUAAAGAUCUUAGAUCCGCCUCGACAGUUAUAUAUUUGUUUGUUUAGUGAACCAACGUAAGGUGAUUUUCCGAAAACCACAGGUUUGGGAUGUAAAAAGAGUUUCAUUAUGAGUUCCAACCUGCUGCUCCUGCUUCUAGCUUUGACGAUCCAAUAAAUCCUUUAAAUUUUGCUACUCAAAAUGAGGAGGAAAGAAAUAAAGGGAUCUCUUAUCCUCCACGAGUGA